GUGACUUCUCCUUUCAUGAAUUAGGCCAGCGCUGAUGAAUGGAUAGUGGGCGGUGCUAGGCUGCCAGCCUAUCAAAGCCCGGGGGAAGUGGGGGCGGAGGAGGAAAUCUUAUGCUGCUGCUGGACUUUAAACAAAAGGUGGAGGUGCUGCAGCAGCUGCGAGAGAGAUCGCUGUGUGCCUGCGACUGGAGUGCAGCGCGAGAGCAAGGGGACUGUGCGUGUGUGACCCGGAGCAGCAGUAACAGUGACAGCUCCGUGCACGGAUAACAGGAGCACGCACACUACAGCCCGCAGGGAGAGUACAGCCUGCCACUAGCCAGGGGGCAGCAGCAGCAGCGUGCUGGUGGUGGUGGUGGUGGGAGUGGUUCCUCGCAGUUGUUAUAUGGAGUGACCUCGUCCUCUGGCUUCACAUUUACUAUGUCUGAUCAGCGGCUCCUGGAGGAGACCAUCGGCCUGUUGGAGGAUUACCUCCGGCGCCGCCUGUGCAAGGAAACCCGACCGCAGCAGACGCCCGUGGCGGAGACCCUGUGGAGAGUGUCGGAGGAGCUGCUGAAUGUGAACCGCGCGUUCUACUCGGAGUCGUGCGAGAAGGUCCCGGGCGAGUGCGACCCGCGGGUGAUCCUGCAGCGCGUGGCUGCCCACAUGUCCGAGGAGGGAGGGCUGAACUGGGGGCGGGUGGUCGUGCUCAUCGUCUUCGCUGGGACCUUGCUCCAGAGACGGGGAGACCACAAAGCGGGGACCCCACGGGAACUGGCCGCGGUGCUGAGCCAAUUCCUGCUCGGGGAUCACAGAGACUGGUUCCAGGAGAACGGAGGCUGGGAUGGUUUCCACAAAUUUUGCAACAAAAAUAGGAAUGGCCGGGUACAAGAGAAUGGUACUUUUUCUAAUGCCCUGAUUGCAGCGGCUGGCUUUGGGAUUGCUGGAUUAGUCUUUCUCCUGGCAGUAAGAUAAAUUGUGGACUAUGGAAAAAUCAAACUGCAAAAAAUUUGGCCGAAAGUGUCUUCACGGACCAUCACACUCUUAUGAGCCAAAGACCUUAUACUAAAGGACUGAAUUUUUCAAUAAAUAGAUAAGAACAAUUGUACACUGCCAUUUUCCUUUUUUUUUUUUAAAUUGUAUUUUUGUAUUUUAUUUCUUAUGGCGUUUAUGAAUAUUUUUGAUAUGUUUUAAAUGCACAUACAAAUGGGAAAACCAUAUACCAUUGAUGUUACUGAAAUUGAAAUGUUUGCUAUGCAUCCAUCUUAGUGGAUUGACUGAUUUUAAAAUUUGAUUGAAGUGGCAAGUCACAAAGUCCAAAGCAAUUAAAAAAAAAAAAAAAAAAGUUAAGUGUUACUCAAUAUUGUAUGUCAUAGAGUUGUUUUUUUAAUUAUUUCUUUUAGAAUAUACAAGUAAUGUCUAAACUUUAAAAUAUUUGUAUAAUGUGGCCUAGUGGAGAGCCUCCCUUGGGUUCGUUCAUUUGUGCAGUUAUAGCACUAGAAAAAGAUUAUUGACCACCAUUUUAAAUGUGAGUAUAAGAACCAAUUAGAAGCUACACGCUCGUCACCCAGAUUUUCAUUUUCAGCCUGGGUGUGAGAUGACUGGUGGGGCCUCAUGGAAAAAUGCUGCAUGUACAGUGCCAGCCUAGAGACUUCAUUGAAUGAAGUGAAUGUUAGGCUGAUUUUUACUUUUAAUUUUUAUGUAUAUAUUUGUAUAUAUUUUUUUUCCCUCUACCCAGGAAUUAAGCUUUUCUAGAUUACAUUAUUCAGUAUUCUUUAGGCCCACUGUUACAAUAAAAUAAAUACCUAUAAUUUAUAUAACAUGCUCUGUAUGAAAGCAUUCUGCCUGCAGUAUAAAUUACAGUAUGUGGUCAUUUACUGACCAAACUCCUUUUGUGAUGAUAACCAAUAGCUAUCUGAAACUGUAGAACUGAUGUAUACCUACCAACAUUUCAGAUCAGUGAAUGGUGACGGGCUAAGUGGCCAUGCUGCAAUAGGGGUGAGGCAGUUCGAUGCUGGGGGUGUAUCUAGCAUUUCAGACACAUUAGCCUACCCAUUAGCCACCUACCUUCCCUGCAAGCGCCGGUUCAUUGUACCCAUUCAUUGCUAUGCUGAGCAGAGUGCGGAAUGGGAGGCACCUCCCAACUUCCUCUAAUGGUAAGAAAGAGCCCUCAAACUGGGACUGUUCUGUCUUAGGACAUUAAGGAAAUGUGUACGUAUGUUCAAUACUCUAGAUGUGGCCCUUCAGCUACUGUGGAACUACUCAUUCCAGCAAGCCCUGCCACAGUUUUCCUGUUUGGGCGUGCUGUGCUGGGAUGUGUAGUUCCACAGCAGCUGGAGGGCUGCCAAUUGCAUACCCCUGCUCUGCAUAAUUACAUUUGGUUUUCUUCGCCUUAUGCAUAGCAGACUUCUGGUCAGUCAUUUUAAUGGAGACUGCAAACAAUAGCUGACUAAAAUUAACACUCGUUGCUCUUUGCUGCGCAGUGACUAUGAAAGCAAGAUCCUACAUUUGGGACUUAUUAAGUUAUAGAGACUUGUACUUAUAAAGUUGUGAAUGUUUACAUAUAGAUUUCAUUUCUUUUAUCGCAACAACUGCUUUCAUUAGUUCUGUGGUCCAUUUUGGACUUGUGUAAUCUGAUACGUUGGUUGGUUGUCCAUAUUAUAGAUUUGUAAAUAUCUUAUUGUUUCUCUCCCACUGGCUAUUUUGGCAAAAAAAAACAAAAAAACAAUAUGCAGUCUUCACCCCGGAGCCUGAUUGAAACAGUAAUGAACUUUAGCCAUUUUUGGCAGUAUCUUAGCGGAGAAAGGUAAAAUUAAUUUAAAUACCAGCAGAUUUUGGUUUGUAAAUUCCUGGAAAAUGUGGAAACUUUUGAUAAAUAUUUCAUGUUUAUUGUUAUAAUUUUAACGAAACUGGGUAAAGGACAUAUUUAUGCUAAAAUACACACCAGAGAUCUGGCAUCUCUGUAAGCGUUUUAUUAUAAUAAUAUAUUCUGUUAUGCUUGAUUUAUACCUAGGAUAUAUAAUAUUUUUCUUAUGUGCCCUUGUUUAAUAAAUGCAUUUACAUUUGA